AUGGGUUCCUCCAGCAUCUUCAUGUUCGUCAGGGGUCAGGCUGUGGUGACGAAGGAGACCCUGCAGGACGCAACUUGGGGCUGCCUCUACCAGGUCAACAACCACCUGGACCAUAAGUACAGACCUCUGCCUGUGGAUGUGAUUGUCCGUUCCACAGAGAAGACAGUUGGUGACAAGAGGACAUAUACAGUUAUUUGUGAUAACAGUAAGAGAUUCAUCAUUGAUCUGAGGUACGGCAGGGUCCACCGCAUGUUGCUGCUCUGGGGUUCGCUGGUCCACACGGGCUUCGGCCUUGGGCUGAAUCACACCUCUGCUUUCCAGGUCUCCAGCUUGCAGACGCCCAAACCUGGAGAUUUAAUUGAGAUUUUUCGGUUUGGCUAUCAGCACUGGGUCGUCUAUGUUGGAAAUGGUUAUGUGGUCCAUCUGACUCCCCCAAGUAAGAACCCUACAGGUGGCUCCUCCAGCCCCUUCUCUGUCCAGGGAGGCAAGGCAAUGGUGAAACGGGAGCAGCUAGAGGAUGUGGCACGGGGCUGUUCCUAUCAGAUCAACAACUACUUGGAUGACAUGUACCAACCACUGUCUGCAGAAAAAAUCAUCAGUUAUGCUGAGAAGCUGAUUGGCAAGGAGAUAUGGUACAACGUUCUGGGCUGGAACUGUGAGCACUUUGUCACCCAUCUGAGAUCUGGCAAGUCCCACAGUGAGCAGGAGCAGACACCAAGAAACAGUGAAAACUUGAAGCAGCCACAGAAAUCUUGUGCCAGAAGUGACUGUGGAGACGCCAGUCAAGACGGACCUCACCACCCACCAGCUCCUCUGAUCUCCUGAUCCCCGCUGUCUGCAUGACAGCCCUUAGCCCCUCCCCUUUCUCGCUAGCCCUCCCUCAUGGCUAAAGGAGAAUCAAUAAAUGUGUUUAUCCUUC